AUGAAACUCCAGUCAAAGACGAAAAAAAUUCUCUUCGUCGCUGCCGUUGUCGCAUCGUUGGCGAUCGUCGGCACUGUCGUUGGUGUAGUCGUUGUUGAAGUCAAGAAAAAUCGCCAAAGCAACGCGACAUCCACCCCCUCCGACUCAAACAGCUCAGUCUCUGGCUCCAGCACCCAAGGAAACACGGCGUCUGCAACGUCCACCUCUGGGGCAUCCUCUCCUGUUGCAACAGAUUUCCCAUUGGACCCUAAUCUUCACAAGUCGUUUUAUGGCUUGGCGUACACCCCAAAGGGAGCCAUCAUGCCCGAAUGCGGCGCUAAUAUCGCUGAUGUCCGCAAAGACAUGGAGAAACUCAGUCAAUUGACGACCCGUCUUCGUCUGUACGGUUCCGACUGCAACGUUACCUCGCUCGUCCUUCAAGCAAUCGAUGAUCUCAAAGUCGAUGUCCAGGUGUUCCCGGGCAUCUACCUCGAGCGAGAGGAACUUUCCUACACUCGCCAGAAGAGGAUUCUUGAGGACGCACUCACUGUCUACGGAACAUCGCGCGUUUUGGGAGUGACUGUUGGAAACGACAAUGCAGGAGACACGAUUGACAACGCUACGACCCGCCUCGUGGAGAAGAUGAACGAGGUCCGGACCGAUCUUACCGCUUUGAACUUCAAUAUCCCCGUUGGAACGAGCGAGACUGGUGGAGGAACGUCGCAGACCUUGGCCGACAAUGCAGACUACAUCUUUGCCAACAUUCACCCAUGGUUCUCCUCCAACACGGUCGAACAAGCCGCCACCUUUGCCAACAAUCAGUUUACGAAUCAAAUUCUCCCCUUGGCCACAGCGAGCACGCGCACGCCUCCUCCGGUAAUGUAUCAAGGUGAAUACGGCUGGCCAUCGGGCUCGGACACACCUGGAGACACCAAUUCUGCUGGAAGCGCGGCAUCCUUGGCCAACUUACAGCUUGCCCUGGACGAUUGGGUAUGCGCCGCGAACAGGGCUGGAACGAGGUACUGGUGGUUUGAGCCAUUCGACGCGACGUGGAAGGCAACGACGACGACUCUGGGCGUUGAACCACAUUGGGGACUCUUCGACGGAGAAGGAAACCUGAAAGACAUUACGAUUCCGGAUUGCGUGGCAAACUAA